AUCACCAUACGUGCUUCUCUCUUACUGGACUGUCACGCGCUAUUUUCAGCGGUGACGGAUGUGCUUAAAGUUUAAACUAGUUUAGACUCACUAGCCUGUAAUAAACUUCACCGAGUCAAAGACGGAACAACAAAGAAAGAAGAAGAAGGAUGACGCUGGGGCUCAUCAAUGCGAACCCGGUGGUUCACGCCAAGAAGGAGCGGAUCGCUCGCUCAGAGGAUUUCCACGGUGACGACGCCGUUGAUCCUCUCGAAAUCUAUGAUUUCGUGAGGGAUAUUAGAGAUCCGGAACAUCCGUAUUCGUUGGAGCAGCUUAGUGUUCUCUCGGAAGAAUCGAUCACCGUCGAUGAGAAGCUAGGGCGUAUACUGAUAACUUUCACUCCGACUAUUCAGCAUUGUAGUAUGGCGACCGUGAUUGGUCUCUGUCUGAGAGUGAAACUUAAACAUUUCUUUCCCCCACAUUACAAGGUUGACAUCAAAGUGUCCCCAGGAUCCCACGCAAAUGAAGACUCAGUUAAUAAGCAGCUAAAUGACAAGGAAAGAGUUGCAGCUGCUAUGGAAAAUCCAAAUCUGCGUCAGCUUGUAGAUGAAUGCCUGUAUUCCAGUGAGCUCUGAACAAAUCGAUUAUCAUCAAAGGGGCAAAACCAAGUUCAACGCACUAUUGAGUACUUCAAUUUUGGUCCAAACAAAUCAUCUUCACAACAAAUGGAGAGAGGGACGAGUUUAAAUACUUGCCCAUUUAUUUGCUAUUUCUCCUGUGAAUGUGAAUGAAGCUAUCUAAGUUGCUAAUAUAAUCGUAAUUCAAUUAUGAUUAUAUACUUCUUUUGAAGAUUGAAUGUUCAGAUUUCUAUGUUUCACCUUUGUUGUACUAAAUAUAUAUAUAAUAUAAGGAAGUCUCUAGUUUAAAAAAUACAGAGAAGAUUGUUUUACCAACU